CCCAUUUACGUGCUUGUAUAGGGUUUGCUAGGAGAUUACAAUAAGUAAAAGCCGAAUUUUUAUAUACCAAUGAAUAAACGUAUUUAGUCAUAAAUUGUGUCUGAAUAUCUUUUAAAGACUUAUUUCUUUGUUGAUCUUUGUAUUAAAUGUGAAUACGAGAGCAAAAUAUAACAUAUAUAGUGAACACAAUUAUUUGUCGUUGAAAAAGUUUAAACAGGGCGCAGUUGAAAUGAUGAAAGAUGUCUGACGAGGAAAAUCCGACAAACACACCUGUAUCGGACGAUGAGGGCCAGGAGGAGGAAGACGAUCUCCAUGCUGAGUUGGUGCCUUCGGAAGCAACCUCAACAGAUGACCGGUUUGACGUAAUUGACACCCCGAAAUCGUCUCGCGCAGGCAUUGAUAUUGACGUCAUCGAUGACGUAUUGAUGUCGGAACAGGAAAUUAAGGAACUUGACAGACGACUGGAAGAAGUGGUUGAUCGUCUGCAAAAGCAGAAAGGCGAUUAUGAGAAAUGGGAAAGUGACAUAAACACCCGGAAGCUUAGAGCGUUCGCGAGACUUAAGGCGCUGGAGCGCUGUCACAGGAAAAGGCUGGAGGUGUACGAGACUAUGAAGGAUUACGUCCAGAACAGCCAAACUAGGGUGGGAAAUACUUGACUUCUAAUGGAACUGUGUUUGUAUUAUCCAUUGUGCCAAAAUAGCAAUUGUAGCAAUAGUGAUAUUAGUGAAAUGCUUCGCUUUGACACACUCUUGGUCUGGGAAUGCCGUUGCUUUGUCCCAAAAGAAACCAUAAAUUUUAUUAAUGUACUCUAUAUAUUAACACUAUACUGUGAAAUAUAAGUCGCAUUAUGAGUUAAUUGAUUAGAUCUGACUUUAGUGUUGACCUCUGGCUAUUAUGUUUGACAACGAAUGAAAUGGUUCUUAUAAGGGUUGGGGGUUUGCUUUUGCUCUUUCUAUUUCAUAACAGUCGAGGGGAAAUUAAAUCGCAUUUAUUAUGCAUUUUAAUAACCAUCUAGGUUAAUUUAACUUUUAAUCUCAUUUUUGAUACUUAUGCUCUUUACGGGCCAAUCUUGUUAGUUUAUUGAGUAAAUAUUGAAUAUCGACCAUCGUUUUGUUUAAAUAUUCUUACAGACAAGAUGCUAAUAUAAAACAACGGUGUUUGUUUUAUCAUUAUAAAACAAAUCAUUGAGGGAUUAGUAGAGACAAGAUUGAAACAAGUGACUCGCAGUACGUUGAUGCAAGAAAAAUCGAAUAAUAAUAUUAACAGAUAUCAUAUGUUUUACAGUAUAAUAGAGAGUAACUUUAAAAACAUGCAUGGUAGCUGGAUUUUAGAUAAACAUUUAAAGUGGUAUUAAUAAUAAAACUUUUGAAAGUGUUUAAUACUUGGAAUAUUGUUGUGACUUCGCGGUCUUAUAAAACGGCAGAUUGUCUAUCUUCAAGAGAACUAUUAAAGAUGUAAGGCGGUGAAUGAUAUAUUGUAUUUUAAACAGUUUAAAUGACAUUUGAGGAAGCAUGUCGAGUAAUGUAGAUUCACUCUCGGAUAUUUCGGACAUAAGCAGCUCAGACCAACAUGGAGAGGUAUUUGAAGACCAUGCGGGCAGCCCCGACGGCAGUCACAAACAAGCCACCGGCGGAGACGACGAUGUACUUGUGUCCGAGUCAGAGAGGGACUUGCAGGAGAGACGGCUCCAGCAGUGUCGAGAGGCUCUCGAUCACAGCCGCAAUGCUCACGAACAAUGGGUUGACCGCUUGACCAGGCGCCGGAUGUUUGCAAUUUCUAGCUUCCGGAAACUGCAGCGCGCCAGAAAGGACCGGAUGAAGUUUUAUGACGACGUGAAGGUAUACAUAGCCGAUAAUGAAAACAUUGAAAUUAAAGAUAUGACACAAAAACCAGCAGGGUUGUGACAGAGGCCAUUCAUUGGAAUGUAUGUGUGUUGCAUGUCGCCAGGUAGUAUAGAAAAAGAGGUUUGGAAUGCAGCUUUCAGACUACUUUUUCGAUGUCCAGGACGAAAAAACAUACAUAGCAAAUGUAUAAUUAUAUCAGUAGUUCACUAAACUAAAAUACAUGUAGAUUAUUAUUUCAACCAUAAUUAUUAUACUGCAACUGAAUCAAAAUAUGUAUCGUGUGCUUUCUUCGUUCGUGCAAAGGAAAAGCGCUGGAACAUAAAAUACAAGUUAUACACUUAAAUGUUGAGAAAGAGUGUCAUGUACAUGCAUGUUAAUAAAUAUAUUUAUCCGAAAGUGUAAGUAAUGUUCUCAUUUUUUAAUAAGAAACCAAUAAAGUAAACGACAAAGCACAUGAACAAGAUGUUGAAUUUUUGAA